UGUGUAACUCCUCAACAACCUUUUAGGGUUUUCUAUCUUGUCAUUAAUAUUUGAGAGGCGAAGGAAACAAUACGCGGUUCGUUCUGAUAAUAUUUCUCGAAAUUCACAGUUUCGUUAACAAGGGGAAGAUAGAGACGAAUUGAAAAUGGCUGCGAAAGAAGGUAGUAGGAUAUUUGUUGGUGGUUUAUCGCCGGAGGUGACGGAGAGAGACCUUGAACGAGCUUUUAGCCGCUUCGGAGACAUUCUCGAUUGUCAGGCCAGUCUCGCUGCUUCCCUUCAGCUGGAUGAGGGUACUAGUUAUUCAGGGACUAAACGCUCUGUUUAUGCUUCAGUAUUUCGUGAAGUCGAUUAUUCUGGAUUAGCCCAGUCCGCAUCUCAGCAGCCUUGUUGCAAGAUUUCAUCUCUUUCUGGUUCCUUAAGCCUCAGUGGUAGCAGUUUAGUCGUUAUCAUGAUGGAAAGAGAUACCGGUCGUUCACGUGGAUUCGGGUUUAUCACAUUUGCUGAUCGUCGUGCUAUGGAUGAGUCAAUCAGAGAGAUGCAUGGAAGAGACUUUGGUGAUCGGGUCAUCUCAGUGAACAGAGCUGAGCCGAAGUUGGGGAGAGAUGAUGGGGAAAGUCAUGGCUCUAGAGGUGGCAGAGACAGUGGCUAUGCAUUUGCUGGAAAAGGAAGCUUUGGUGGAGGUGGCCGAGUUGGUGAAGAUGAAUGUUUCAAAUGUGGACGUGUUGGGCAUUGGGCCCGCAAUUGCCCGUCUGCCUCUGGUGGUCGCGGUGGACCUGCUGGUGGUUUUUCUUCCCGUGCUGAUGCGUUUGGAGGAUCCGAUGGGCGUGUUGACCGCUAUCCUGACCGUGACCGCUAUGUGGAGCGUGAACGUUACAUAGAUGAUCGAUAUGAUGGUGCUGCACGCUUUGGUGCUAGAGACAGGUUUGACAGCAGAGAAGCCUACAUCCCUCGUGAUCGCUACGCCAGUGAGAGGUAUGCAGCCCCGGCUGAUCGGUUUGCAGGCGGCGAUAGAUACAGCCGUGGAUCAGAUCGUUAUCCUCCAGCGAGUUAUGACAAAGCCCGGUCCUUUGAGAGAGACGUAGUCCCGAGCGCAGGCAGUGACAGGUACGGUGGUGCUAGAGCUGGUGGGCCCAUACGGGGAGGAGAAGAGGGAAGAGGGUUCAGAAGUAGGGCCGGUGCUCCUUAUGAGAGGCCUAGCCGAAGCGGUGGUGGUGGUGGUGGUUAUCCGUCGUCCUCUACUUUUGACCGUUACUAAGGCAUGAAUGAUAAGUGAUUGAUGCUUGGUGUGUGUGUGUGUAAUGAAUAUCUCUGUAAGCGUUUUUAGGUGUAAAGACUUUCUUAAUACUAUCUUAGUUUGGAGAGCUGUUUAGCUUUGGAUCUUGAUAUUUGUUCGAGUUUUUACCUUUAAGUGUUAAACCUUGCAUUCGUAAUUAGUCUUUUUAUAAUUUUUUAUUAUCCAUGUUAAUGCGCAUGUUUUUCUAAAAAGUCAUCGAAG